CAUAAUAAAAUCCAGAACAGAUACAACGGCUUGGCAUGUGGACAAGCUCAACAGUCUCGGAUCGGAGACAACAGAAGGCAGGGCAGGUGCACGCAUUAUCGGGGGCUGAAAUGGGAUAAGUUAACUUAAUUUUUCUCUUAGCCUGAUUCCGAUUUCUGUCUCAUGUACAUUAGGCAAGUGCCUUUAAGGGAACCUUAAAAUAACAGCGCUGCCUGGAGAUCUGAUGAAUGUAACAGGUGCAGAGAUUAUUUCCAGGCCAUGUGUGUGCGUCUGUGUGCAGCAGCAAGAGGAGGAGAGCGAAAAGCAGAAAGGGGGAGAGCACAUUGAUGUCCCUGCUGCGUCUCUGUAGCCUGCGAAACUUGCAGCAGAUUGCCUUUCAGCGACCUAAAUUCGAAAGGAAAAGCAGAGGAAGACUGCAGAAGGAAAAGCGUCGGGUGUAACGAUACCAGGUUAUUCAAUUCAGUUUUCUCGGUCUGAGGAGGAAAAAAAAAGCCCGUUUCCCAAAUGAUGUGGCCUAAUUUUUUCAUGCAAGAGGAGGAGCAGCGCUUCUCAGGAAGAGGAAGAGGGCAACGUGGAAAGGGUCUCACUGAUGCACAGGAGGGCAAGAUCAAGCUGGCCUUUUUCGUGGCCCUCGUCGGCGUGACUCUUACCGUACUAGCAGUUGGGACGGAGUUUUGGGUGGAGGUGAACACAUACAAGCAGAAUCACAGCACGACCUGCGAGGCGGCUCAUUUCGGGCUCUGGAAAUUCUGCUACAAGAAACUAAUGGUCGUAGAUGUGGAUGAGUAUCGUGCAACCUGUGGCCCAGCGGAACUUCCUGGAGAAUCCAAUUGUUCAUAUUUCAAAUUCUUCACAACGGGUGAAAAUGCACACAUAUUUCAACGUAUUACACACAAAGACCUAAAUAUUACUGCUGCAGUUAUGUCACUAUUAAGUAUAACGCUUAUGGUAAUGGGAUCAAUCUGUAUAACUAUGGUUCUGAGUAAAGGAGUAGAGUUCCUUCUGAAGCCUGCCUCUUUCUUCUUUGUUCUAUCAGGUGCAUUUGUCCUUAUCACCAUGGAGGUAUUUCGUCAUGCAGUCAGAUGGCUCAUGGCAAGUAAUCAACACGUACGUCUGGAAUAUGAGUACUCAUGGUCAGUAGCUUGUGCGGCGGCAGCAGGAGCAAUCUUGAUAUUUGGAGGAAUUUGUUGCUUGUUCCUGGUAUUGCCUGCCUUGCCCAAGAAACCAUGGGAAUAUUGUAUGAAGAAAGGAAGUAGCUCAUAAAGAAGCAAGUGGAGAUCGUUAUUGCAUUUUACAAGCAUCAAGCUUGAACGACCCACUGUGACCUUUUCAAGUCCUUUGCAGAAAUGAAAAAAAAAGGACAAUUGUCUGUUUACGUAAUUGUAUUUUUAUGCACCUGAUACAAAUUAAUGGUCUUUACACGGACUGUAAGAAUUAUGGCACAUGCUUCAAAAUAAGAACAGUCUAUAUCUGCUUUAUUGGACCGGACGUGUUUUGUUUCUUUCCCUCUUUGUAAAUAAGCUUUCUAGCACCAAGAACUUUGUCAGUGCAUUUUACUGCAGGGUAUGGGGAAGGGUAGGGAAAGGGGUAAUUAUUGUAUACAACAAUAUCUAUUUUGGUGUUAUGUUGUCCUAUUAAAAGUUAUUUUUAUUCUGG